CGUGUACAUUUCCCGUCAGCCCUGCAUGUACAUUCCCCGCCAUCCACGCGUCGCCACUCCAUUGUUCCAUGCCGUCUGUUUCUCGAUCGUCGUUUGCCCUGUCAAUGGUUUUCCGGCUGUCCUACUCCAAAUUUCUGCGCAUAUUCACUGUACGUUCCCCGUCUUUCCUGUGUAUUCCCCGUCUUUGCUACGUGUUUCCCGUCUUCCAUGCACGUUUCCCGUCUACCCUGCGCUCAUUCCACGCCCUCCAUUGUUCAAUAUCCGUUCCAUCACGUCGUUCCAUCCUUCGCAGGAAUGUGGGCAGGAAUACUUGUUAUUACGUGCCGCCGCGCGGGAUAGGGUGAUUUCGCAUGGGUGGCAGACACGACGUGUGUGCUGAAGAGAGAGUCGCGUGCUCAUUCGCGUGGCAUGCAACUGAUACUGCUGGUGGUGAGAGUCUGUCGAUGCAAU